AUGUACCAGACUCAGGUGCCCGUCGAAGGUGCCCGCCCGGUGUCGCACCUCCAGCAUCUAGCUGCUCAAUGUCAAGCUAAGUGGCUCCGAUGCAGAGUCGAUAGUCUCCACGUCUUUUCGCGUCUACCGCUCAGGACGGUGCAGUUCCUUAUGAUAGAGCGGGGCGUGUACGGCAGCGAGCCGUCAGGCCGAGUUGACAUGACGCGAACACCUUCGCAACAUCUCCCUACGACGCUACACAUGCGCGAUGGCAACUCGGCGGUGCUAUAUCCGAGAAUGAGACACCUGAAGCUCGACCGUGUCGCCUUCCUCGCCGUCUCGCCGGCGGACAGCACGGAGGUUGAAGAAGAAACCGAGGAGUCCUGGCAGCACGGGAGAUGGUAUGAAGCAUUUGUCGCUGCGCUCAGGGCUCGAGUGAAUCUAGCAAAGCCAGGCAUGAAGCUGAUCAUCACCGGCACGGAUGCUAUCACAGGCCCGAGGGCUGAGGCCUCUGGAAUAGUCCGAGUCGAGCUGGAAAACUACGUGGACGAUGUUAUAGAUCCUGGACGGCCGCGCAGGACCAGUGAAAAUGGAUGA